CUACGGUGUUCACAGUGUUAGAUUUACGGUCGGGCUAUUGGCAGCUACCAAUAAAAGACAGUGAUCGCAGCAAAACGGCAUUUAUCGUACGGGAGAAGCAGUAUCAAUUUAAACGAAUGCCCUUUGGAUUGGCGGGCGCACCCUUUACGUUUCGAAGACUAAUGACAUUGCUGCUCAGAAACCUGGAGAAUGUCGAAGUUUAUGGCGAUGAUUUGGUCGUAUAUAGUCGUACAGAGGCAGAACAUGUGAGGCACGUGGAGGCGGUCCUAAGGCGAAUUGAUGAGUUUGGUUUACGAAUUAACAAAGACAAGUCUCAGAUAGCGAAAAGAAGCGUCACGUUGCUGGGGCAUAAAGUAGGCAAUGGAGAAAUAAAACCACUGCCGGAGAAGAUUCUAACGAUAAAGAAUAUUGCAGUUCCCAACUCAAAAAGGAAGUUAAGACAGUUCCUGGGAAGAGCGGCGUUCUACAGCAGAUUCGUGAAGAACUUCAACGAUAUAGCAGCACCUCUAUAUAAAGUGCUAAGCAAUGCGAAGUUUACGUGGACAGAGACCGCUCAACAAACUUUCGACCGAAUCAAAGAGCUGUUAGAUGACCGCCAAAUGACGCUGAGACUACCGGAACCCGAGAAGCCAUUUACAGUGACCACUGAUGCGAGCGAUCACGGUAUAGGUGCGGUCUUGAGGCAGUCUGACAGAGUGGUGGAGUAUGCCAGCCGUGUCCUUACGCCGACAGAACAGAAGUAUUCCACAGUAGAAAAAGAGUGUUUAGCGAUUGUAUGGGCGGUAGACAAAUGGAGACCGUAUCUACUGGGUCGGCGAUUUCACAUCGAGACGGAUCAUAAGCCCCUACAAUGGUUGAAAACAGCAAAAGACCCUCGGGGGAAGUUGGCUCGAUGGAUGCUACGUCUGCAGGAGUAUGAUUUUAGUAUCGGGCAUGUGCCAGGGGAGGAAAAUGUAAUGGCAGAUUAUUUGUCAAGACCGGACACCGAAGCCGAACUUCCAGAGAUAGCGUGUGCAGUUAACGGCCUAGAGGGAGACCCCCUAGAACUCGUCCGACAUCAGAAAGCCGACCCUAACCUUCGGGAGGUAAUCAGAGUGAUAAAAGAGGGAGAAGAUGUUGACAAGAGUGGAACAGAUAAAGAAUUAACAAUGUUGCUGAGGCAGAAGGAGAGACUGAGAGUGAACGGAUACGGAGCCUUGACCUGGCGGGAUGAUGACGAGAAUUGGGUAGCAAUAAUCCCAAAAGAUCUGCGCCAGGAGAUGAUUCGUGAAUGUCACCAGGUAGCGCACACAGGUAUUGCACGGACAACUGAUUUGCUGCGACAAAGUGCGUACUGGCCAGGUAUGAAAGACGAUGUUGCACGAUAUGUAUUAGCGUGCCAGCGAUGUCAACUAAUGAAAGGGGAUCGAUGCAUACGACCGCCAUUGCAGUCAAUUCCAGUAACAGCAGUUGGUGAUUUGUGGUCAGUAGAUAUUAUGGGACCGUUCCCACAGACGACAAGUGGUAACCAGUACCUGCUUGUGAUGACUGAGCAUGCCACACGAUGGGUAAAUGCCGUGCCGAUGGCGGACCAACGUGCAAGAACGGUGACGGAAGCGGUAAUGCGGCACAUUGUGGCGGACCAUGGGAUACCAAAGAUAAUAUUAACCGAUCAAGGUCCCUGUUUCGAGAGUGAUGAGUUCAAGUCCCGUCUAAAGCAGUUAGGUAUAAAGAGAGUACGAACAACGCCGUAUCAUCCACAGACGAAUGGGUUAACGGAAAGGAAUAACCGAACGCUAAAGGAAUGGCUAGCAUCUAAAGGGGGUGACUGGGAGAAAGAAUUACCAUUAAUCUUGCUGGCACAUCGUGCCUCGGCACAGGGAACAACCAGGAAGUCACCGUUCCAGCUGAUGUAUGGCAGACGGCCGAGACUACCAACGCAUGAUAAAACCUGGCCGCAACAACAGAGAUGGAAUACAACAAGAUUGAGAACAGAGCGGAGACAAGCAAUCAGGAAUGUGAGAGAGAAACAAACAUCAGACAUGCAGAAGUCAGAACAGGAGAGAAAGAACUGGAGACCGUUUGAAGUGGGAGACCAAGUGAAGUGUAGAGAACGGAAAUGUACCACAGGAAGAGGGCCAGGGUCAGGUAAGCUGAUCCCGAAGUGGGAGGGACCGUACGUAGUAACCGAGAGGCGCGGCGCAGUGUAUACAAUCCAGAAAGGAAACAAACAGAAACGCGUGAAUGCCAGUGAACUCCAAAGGUGGUUCCAAGUGCGCCAAGAGGGUGAGCCACAAACACUGAUAAAGAAGACGGCUGUACGGAGAUCAGAAAGGCUGAGAGAGCGACUUGUUAAAGGGGGGACGAGUGUGGUGUGUGCUACUUAUACGAACGAUAUAAGUAGUAUAAGAAUGGACGUGAAAGAAGAUGUCUUACGGUCAGAAGAGGAAAACGGAAAGCAAAUAGAGCAAAAGCAAGAAAGAUUUAGGGCACCGACAGGAAGUAAAGGAAGCAACAGCAGGAAUGGAGGAAGUCUGGAGCGUUGGAAGUCAGGACUCAAAGAUGGUGUGCAAAUGGAGUAUUCAAUGUAAUGUUAUCGUUUUUAAUUGACUAAGAGUGUAAAUUUGCCAAAUACAAUCUAUUGAGCCUGCCUCAGUCUUCUCAC